AUGUUUGUUGCUGCGGGACUGGAUGGCAAAGAGGCAUCGCUUUAUGGCUUCAAGCUUGAACAGACGUUACUGCUGUCGCCAACUAUCUUCCCGGUGAUCUUCGCUGCUCUCAUGGGAAGAUUUUUCCGCUCGUUGGGAGUAUACCUUGCUGAAAGAGGGACCACACUUGGACGUCUCGAGCAGCUUUUUGGAUGCCAGUCUGUUUUUACAGCCCUCGAGCGCCAAAUCACUCUUCGCUACUGGUCUAUCGUCGGAGUCUUUACGGUACUUAUAUGGCUCUUGUCACCUGUUGGCGGCCAAUCCGCUCUCCGACUUCUCAGUACAGAAAAUCAGAACAUCUCAUCGAUUGCCACCGUUCGUUACCUGGACCCUGGAUCUGCAACAACUUCAUCUCUGGAAGGUGCUAGUUCCAUGAACAGCGCGCGUGGGACGUACACUUCCAUCUUUUUGGCUGCUCUGCUCAGUAGUUCCAAGUACCAGGACACCUCUAUGGACCUAUGGGGAAAUGUGAAGCUCCCUUUGUAUAGAGACAUCGAAGGCGACACUACAGACGAGUGGAAGCGAGUAUAUCGUGAUGAAGAAGGAGGCAAUGCGACUUAUGGCUCCCUCAUUGGUGUACCGACAAUUGGUAUGCCCCGAGACGGCUAUAGCAACUUCACCAUCAAGGCACGCCAAUUCGACAUUACGUGCUCAAGGAACGAGAUUCAAUCUGGCCUAAAAAAUGAAAGCCUAUGGGCCAAUGUUACUGGAACGUGGGGUCUGAUGGGCGACCCAUCUUCGCCACGUAUAGGAGAAUACCCGCGUCCUAUUCUCUCAAUGUCUUUGGCUAUUGACGGCGACACUUCCUCGAAUUACUCGGUAACCGCUUGCAACGUGGACUACAACUACUUUGAGGCGCGAGUCAACUGCAAUGGCACAUCGUGCGGCGUCGGGUCAAUGCGAAAGCUCGAUUUGUUUGGAGACGGGUACACGAACGACACCGAUCUUGUCACCCGGGCCAAUAUCAUCCGGAACCUCAUGACAGUAUUGCCACGAGUCGACAACACGGAUGUGAGCAGCCCUUCAGCCCGAGGCUCUACAAAUGCGGAGAAGUGGAUGGCAGAUCCAACAAACUUCAUCGGCGCAACUUUCGAUUAUGUACAGCUGUACAAGCUCGAUCCUGACGUCUUCGCGCGACGUCUUACCAUCUUGUGGAAUACCUUCCACCAGUCUACGUUCGCAACUACUACACUGGGCGGAGCUCUGCCGAGUAACCUCACACAGACAGGCCUGUUGGUCAAUCCCAACGGCUUUAGCCCAAACAUCACAUUCAACGGCACGCAAGCCCGUGUAAUCCAGCAAACACUACCAGUAUACAAAACCAACUGGAAGUGGUUCGCUGCGCUCUUGUUCAGCUCGCUCAUAUUGUUAUCUGCAGCAUACGCAGGCCUUGCGAUCAGGUACAUGACACUCGCGCCAGACAUCAUCGGGUACGCUUCCUCGAUGGCGAUGCUGAACCCAUACGUUCCGAUAAAUACUGGCGGGUCGACAUUGUACGGCCUCGAGCGCUCAGCCUUGUUGCAUGAUCUGCCAGUGCGCAUAGGAGAUGUGCGUCCGAACGAGCCCGUCGGCACGAUCGCGUUUGCCAAAGCGGACGAUGGGCGGGUUGCGAGACUGAACAGGAGACGAUAUUAUAUAUAA